CAGAUGAUGAUAUUUGGAUUGGAACUGCAUUUUGGAAUUCAUCAUUACUUACAAUGUCACCAUCAAAUGACCAUCCAGUUAGACCCACCCCCCCAGAUGGAGGCUGGGGAUGGGCAGUGGUUGUUGGAGCUUUUAUAUCCAUUGGUUUCUCUUGUGCGUUUGGCAAAUCUAUUUCUGUAUUUUACAAAGAAAUUGAAGAAAUAUUUAAUGCCAGCACCAGCGAAGUGUCGUGGAUCUCUUCUAUUGUGUUUGCUGUCAUGUAUGCUGGAGGUCCUAUCAGCAGUAUCCUGGUGAAUAAAUAUGGCAGUCGUCCAAUCAUGGUUGUUGGCGGCUGCCUGUCAGGCUGUGGCUUGAUUGCGGCUUCUUUCUCCAAAACUGUACAGGAACUUUACUUGUAUAUUGGAUUUAUUGGAGGUCUCGGGCUUGCCUUCAACUUGAAUCCAGCCCUGACCAUGAUUGGCAAGUAUUUCUACAAGAGGCGACCACUGGCAAACGGACUGGCCAUGGCAGGCAGCCCUGUGUUCCUCUCUACUCUGGCUCCCCUCAAUCAGGCUCUCUUUGAUAUCUUUGGCUGGAGGGGAAGCUUCCUAAUUCUUGGGGGCCUCCUACUAAACUGCUGUGUAGCUGGAGCCCUGAUGCGACCAAUAGGGCCGCCACCAACCAGUGUGGGGAAAAAUAGGUCUAAAGAAUCCCUUCAGGAAGCUGGAAAAUCUGAUGAGAAAAAGGGAGCAGGUGACACAAAUACAGACUUUAAUGGCAGAAACUCUAAAGAGGAGAAACCAUCGGUUUUCCAAAUAGUUGAGAAACAGUUGGACUUAUCCCUGUUUACCCACAGAGGCUUUCUACUAUACCUCUCUGGAAAUGUGAUCAUGGUUUUUGGUCUGGCUACUCCUUUAGUCUUUCUUAAUAGUUAUGCCAAGAGUCAACAUUACUCUAGUGAGAAAUCUGCCUUCCUUCUUUCUAUUCUGUCUUUUCUCGAUAUUAUAGCGAGACCUUCUAUGGGACUUGUAGCCAACACCAAGUGGAUAAGACCUCGAGUUCAGUAUUUUUUUGCAGCUUCUAUUGUUGCAAAUGGAGUGUGUCAUCUGCUAGCACCUUUAACCUCCAGCUACACUGGGUUCUGUGUCUAUGUGGGCUUCCUUGGAUUUGCAUUUGGAUGGCUCAGCUCAGUGUUGUUUGAAACACUGAUGGACCUCGUUGGACCUCAGAGGUUCUCCAGCGCCGUGGGACUGGUGACCAUUGUGGAAUGCUGUCCUGUCCUCCUAGGGCCACCACUUUUAGGUCGUCUGAAUGACAUCUAUGGAGACUACAAAUACACCUACUGGGCAUGUGGUGUGAUCCUAAUUAUCGCAGGCAUCUAUCUCUUCAUUGGCAUGGGCAUCAAUUAUCAACUUGUGGCAAAAGAGCAGAAAGCAGAGAAGCAGCAGAAAAAGGAAAGUAGAGAGGAGAAGCCAAGAGAAGUUAUUAAAACAGCAGAAUCUAUAGAAUAGAGAGGCCCACGUGGCCCCAAAGAGGAGAAAGAUCUCAUCUGAAUCAUGCAUAACCAGAGGAGCUUUGAACCAAAAAUACCUUAAAAAUUCUACUGAAUCAUGUUCUGUUAGUGCCGCUCACCACAGCCAGUGGACAUCUGUGUGGAAGUGAUACUGAUGAGGGAGCAGAAGCCUAGCUGAAGACAAAGCAUGAGCUGAUACCCCCAACCUUACCUCUCCUGGGUGGGAUAUAUGUAGCAUUUUUCCAGGGGGCUCCCGACUGUCUUAAUGUGCAUGUCUUGCUAGAGAGAAACACAACCUUAACUUGAUUAUGGCAAGGCCUCCAGUAUCCUGUAGGUCCUCUUUAGCAUAGGAAAGUUCUUUUGUAAACCUUCCUUUUCCUGAUCUCCCCCAACUCCCAAAUAUAUAAUCAGCCACCCUUCACAACUCAGGUACAGCUCUUUCUGCCCACAGGUC